AAUCCAUGUUCUAGGUAGUUGUUCUAUUAAGAGCUUUGCCAUUAGAGCUUCCCCUGUGAGCCAACGCGAUCCUCGCCAAACACACGCUCACUCUUUCCUUUAAAGUUACCAGAAAAGGCGGCUGAUCCUUCGGGGGCAGACCCCUUCUCAGGAAGCAUAUAUUGCCUUCAAAUUAAGUGAAUACAAAUUUAUAGUCAACUUGCUAGCUCUCUUUCUUUCACUUCACUUCUCUUCUGAAUCCUUGCUCCCUAGGGUUUGCAGUUCACAGUUUGAAGCUCUCUCUUCUUCCUCUUAAUAAGAAAACAUCUCUCUGCUUCUGCAUCUCUGGGUUUCGUUUGUUUUGGUUUCUAGUUCAUUCUAAUCUUUUUCUGCUACAAAAUUUUGAGCUUGGAGCUUGUUGAUCGAAGUGAAAGAGACAUGGAAGAGACAAAUGAUGUUGAUAAAAUAGACGAAGUGAUGUUGCCAGGGUUUAGGUUUCACCCAACAGAUGAGGAGCUUGUUGGGUUUUAUCUGAAGAGGAAGAUUCAACAGCAGCCUCUCUCGAUCGAGCUUAUCAAGCAACUUGACAUCUACAAAUACGAUCCAUGGGAUCUCCCAAAGUUAGCGACGACUGGGGAAAAGGAGUGGUAUUUCUACUGCCCUAGAGACAGGAAAUAUAGAAAUAGCGCAAGGCCUAAUAGGGUUACAGGAGCUGGGUUUUGGAAAGCCACAGGAACCGACAGGCCUAUCUACUCCUCAGAAGGGAACAGGUGCAUAGGCUUGAAGAAAUCCCUUGUUUUCUACAAAGGUAGAGCUGCCAAAGGGAUCAAAACCGAUUGGAUGAUGCAUGAGUUUCGGUUGCCUUCUCUCACGGACUCUGCACCACCAAAGAGAUUCACCGAGAAAACUAUUCCUGCCAAUGACUCAUGGGCAAUAUGCAGGAUAUUCAAGAAAACCAACUCAACAGCACAAAGGGCUCUUUCUCAUUCUUGGGUUUCUCCAUUACCUGAGCCUUCUGCUUCUUCCAUAGGCUUGCAAACUAGUCAUCAUCACUUCAGUUCACAAAACAUGCCACUCACAACAGAAACCAGUUCAGGCAUCCAGUUGAACUAUAACAAUCAUGAGAUACAACAUUCUUCUGUUACCAACUUCUCUCCUUUGGAUUUUUCUGCAUACAAGCCCUUGAAUUAUAAUAAUCCAUUGCCAAGCAAACUCUCUCAUCAGCUUCCCAUUUCAAAUGGAGACCUGACUGGCAAUUUUUUCUUUUCUCCCCUUGAAACAUUAGCUCCUGCAAAAUGCACGGUUGAUGUUUCUUCUUUGCUGUUGAACAUGUCUUCCUCCAUGCUUGGAGAUCUUGGAGAUGGCAAGGUAGCCACUGAGAGUAGCACUGACUUUGCAGGAGCACAAGAUCAUUGCAAUGGCAUCUCAUUAACUUGUUUGCCACAAGUAAUGCAAGUGAAUGCUGGUAAUGGAGAUGAUAAUACACCGAUAAAGAAUCCUAACGCGACACCUAUCGAUGAUCAAUGGGAGACAGUCCGUUCCAUUGGAUUUCCCUUCAGUUUGCCAAUGGAUGUAGGUGAUGCUUGGAAGCCAAACUUGCUUUGGGAUUCUUCCUCAUGUCCUAGUGAGAUGUCCUCAAGUUUUUCCACAGCUGAGUGCUAUACUUGAGGACAUUACCAUAACAAUAUCAAGUAGUACGUAACUCAAAGUUAGACUGCAAGUUUUUAUGUUAGAAAAAAAAGGAGAAAAUUAUUCUGUUCACAUUAACAUAUAGAAUUUUGUUGCCUUAGACAAUUUUAGAAUUUGUAACAAAUCUGAAUCCUAGAUUUUCUUGCAAUUAAUGGAAAUUAAUUUAACAGCAA